AUGCAAUCACUCGUGCUUCACCCCCCAAGCCUCACUACCUCCCAGUUUGGACAGCCCCGGUUCAACUCGGGCCCAGAGCGGCUGCCGUUGAAUCGAUCUUGGUCUCCCAAUGCUCGAGGGUGCAGCCCUCGGGCUCCAAUGCCCCGUCAAUAUAUGUCUGGAUCCCCUCCAGCAGAGCCCUUGGAGCCAUCUGCAGAGCCCAAGUCUCGAGAACGUCCAUCCUCACCCGUAGUCACGGCUGAGCGGUCCGCUGUACCUGUACCUGAAUCUGCCCUAGAGAUAUCACAGGUACCGGUCAGCGAGUCACUCCCUCGGCCGGGGUAUAACGAACAAGGACCGCCAUACACUGCCUCGCCACGACAGCUACCAGGAGUCCCGCCAUAUCCUCUUCCGGGACCGGACCCAGCUCAUCCGACAGCAGGUCGCUCACUGGCACAAAAGUCAACUCGACGUACAAAGGCUCAUCUCGCCCAUGUCGAAGAUGUGUUCUGGCUGGCAAAGCCAGGGAGAUCAAAGUCAACCUGUGUGGACGUUACACACAAGAAGCGAGGACGACCCCCGUUGAAAGCAGAAGACUCGUCUCUUAGGUCCUACACCACGCAUUUGGAUAACCCGACCAUCCCAGCGGAGGCCCAACCGACCAUGCCCCCGCGGCGGACAAUUAUGCAUCGGGCCACCUCUUCACGAGAACUACGGCCCAUGACAGAUCUCCAUGGACUGGGCGAUGGAAGCUCAGCAGGAGCACGGACGCCACAUCGAUGGUCCGCUUCGGUUUUUCCCCUGACACGGCCGAUGGAUCCCUCUCCGACGAUGCCCGGGGUGAGUCGACGGCCGUUCUCUUCAUCUGGGCCGCCAUCGCACUCAGUUUCCACACAUCCAUACGCCUCUUCAGCCUACAUGCCCAUGCCCGGCGGCUUCAAUCCAGCGCUCAAAAUUAACACCAUCCCUGGUGGCAUGGAACGACGGUUCCCGCCAUACGGCGUACCCGCAUUACCACCACCAACAUCACCGCCGCAACACCAACCGCCGCCGGUCGGCACACCCUAUCUACCGUAUUCGGAGACUCCCGGCAGUCACAAUCGUCCUCCCAUGCCAAAUCCACGAGUACCGCUAUCACCCCGGGACCCAUACGCCAUCGAAUCACCAGUCCGCCUUCCCCCAAUCCACCAAGCUACAGCCGGGCCACCACCGCCGCAUCAUGUCCAUCGCCUGAGCGACCCCUAUCCGACGAGCUGGACUCUCCCAGGCCGAGACGAACCCUUCUACGAUCCCCGCCCCCAGCCCCUCCAUAGAUCCGCAGGUCCGGCCUUCAACUACUCUCUCCCGCAUAACCGCUCUUCCUCCAUCACAAGCGUUACGGUGGACCCUAUCCCCCGCCAUCUCGGCCCAGUGGAAUUGCCAUCCCCGAUCCAGAUUGCAUCAGGCAGCUCACCAUCCAUCACGAGAGCUGACCCACUCAGCGCCGAAACUGAAGAUCACGACAACAGACCAGUCAAACGGCGCAAGAUGGCUUUGGACGAUAUGGUGAACGGUUGA